AGUGAAGAGGAUGCUUUCCUCCGAAGAUUAUAGUAGGCCCACAGAAAAACUAAAUCUGAUCGAUCAGAUUCAACGUUUAGGAAUUGCCUAUCACUUUGAUAGAGAAAUCAAGGAUUUCCUUGAAGACAUUUAUGCCAGCAUCCGUCGAAAUGGCUCCACCGAGGAUGAAGAUGAUCUGCACACUACAGCUCUCCGGUUUCGACUAUUGCGACAGCAUGGUUUCUGGAUUUCAUCUCGUGUCUUCGACAAAUUCAAGGGCCGCGAAGGAAAUUUUGAUGCAUCGCUAGUCAAUGACGUGAGAGAGCUGCUAAGUUUGUAUGAAGCCAGUCAAUGGAGCACACAGGGGGAAGAUACUCUGGAUGAAGCACUUAGUUUCUGCUUUACCCACCUCAAAUCCAUGGAAGAGAAGCCCGUCAUAGUAACUCAUGCCUUGAAGCAGAGUAUACAUCGAGAGAUGCUGAGGCUGGAGGCGAGACAAUAUAUUGAGACAUACCAAAGCAUCGAUUCCCACAAUGAAGUCCUCUUGAGCUUGGCUAAGCUGGACUUCCACUUGACCCAGAAACUACACCAGAGGGAAGUCACCGAAAUCGCAAGGUGGAGGAAAGAUUUGGACUUCAAGAGGCAGCUACCUUUUGUGCGAGAUAGGAUCGCGUGCUACUUGUGGAACUCAGGCGUGUAUUUUGAGCCUGAGUACUCGCUUGCCAGGAAAUUUGUCACGAAAGCGAUGGCAAUGAUCACGGCUGUUGAUGACACAUAUGACUCUUACGGUACAAUCGAAGAGCUGGAACUCUUUACAAGAGCUGUGGAGAGGUGGGACAUUAAUGCCGCAGAUGAGCUUCCUGGUUAUAUGCAAGUCUGUUAUCCAGCACUUCUUGAUGUGUACUCCGGACUCGAGGACAUGCUGGCUGAGCAAGGAAGAUCAUACUACCUCUACUAUAUGAAAGAAGCGAUGAAAAUUAUGGUUCAAUUGUAUUUUCAAGAAGCCAAAUGGUUCAACCAACAGUACAUACCCACGGUGGAGGAGUACAUGGAAGUUGCCGUAGUAACACUUGGCUACCAAAUGCUGAUAAUCGCAUCACUCCUCGGAAUGCCAGAAAUCACCACAGAGGAUACCUUCCAGUGGUUACUCAGUAACCCCAAGAUAGUGAGAGCAUCAGGAGCAAUCUGCCGACUCAUGGAUGAUAUCGCUUCUCAUAAGUUUGAGCAAGAGAGAGGACACGUUGCAUCUGCGGUUGAAUGCUGCAUGAAGCAAUAUGGAGUUACGGAGCAAGAAGCAGAGAACGAGCUCAAGAAACAAGUCGAAGAUGCAUGGAAGGACAUCAAUGAAGGGUGGCUCCAUCUCACUGAAGUACCACCCCAUGUUCUCAUGCGAAUUGUCAACUAUGCUCGCGCGGUUGAUGUAAUGUAUAAGGAUGGCGAUUGCUUCACAAAUUCACAGACGAAGCUGAAGGAUGUUAUAGCUUGUCUACUUGUUGAUCCAGUUCCAGUAUGAGCAUCCCAAUUGAAGUUGAGACAUGGCACAAAGACUAUGAAAAUCUUUCUUAUGAGUCCAAUUAAUGACAUAUGUAUAACCAGAAAUUAACACCAGAAUUCUGUGUAAUUUUCUUUAUUUAUGCUUUCACGUAGCGCCAUGUAUUCCCUGUGUACUUUCUUUGUUCACUAAAUAAAAUGAAGA